AUGUCUACUGUUGCAGCCGCCCGCUAUGGCAAGGACAAUGUCCGAGUCUACAAAGUCCACCGCGACCAAAAGACCGGGGUCCAGACCGUCGUUGAGAUGACCGUCUGUGUUUUGUUGGAGGGUGAAAUCGAUACUUCCUACACCAAGGCCGACAAUAGUGUCAUUGUCGCAACCGACUCAAUCAAGAAUACCAUCUUCAUCCUAGCCAAGCAGCAUCCCGUCACACCCCCGGAGCUCUUCGGAUCCAUCAUCGGCACCCACUUCAUCAACAAAUACAAGCACAUCCAUGUUGCGCACACCAGCAUCAUCACCCACCGCUGGACCCGGCUCAACGUCGACGGGAAACCGCACCCGCACUCGUUCAUCCGCGACAGCGAAGAAACCCGCAACGUCCAGGUGGAUGUCACCGAGGGUGCGGGCAUUGACAUCAGGUCGACCAUCAACAAGCUCAGUGUCCUGAAGAGCACGGGCUCGCAGUUCUGGGGCUUUGUGCGCGACGAAUACACCACCCUCCCUGAAGUGUGGGAUCGGAUUCUUAGCACAGACGUCGAGGCGACGUGGGCUUGGAAACGGUUCUCUAGCCUUGACGAGGUCCGAGGAAACGUGCCCAAGUUCGAUGAUACCUGGGAGGCGGCGAGGAACAUCACCCUCAAGACCUUUGCGGAGGAUAAUAGUGCCAGUGUUCAGGCCACUAUGUAUAAGAUGGGCGAGCAGAUCCUGGCACAUCAGCCUUUGGUUGAAACUGUGGACUACUCAUUGCCUAACAAGCAUUACUUUGAGCUUGAUCUGAGCUGGCACAAGGGCCUCCAGAACAAAGGCAAGGACGCCGAGGUGUUUGUUCCCCAAUCCAACCCCAAUGGACUUAUCAAAUGUACCGUUGGCCGGUCAGACGGGCUCUGGAAGUCCAAGGCUAAACUAUAA